AGACAUAAAUAAUAAAUAUUUUUCAUUCAAUAACCUAAGAAGGCACUCAUUCAUAACCCUCAUUCUUCUUCUGCGCAGCGCCAUAAUAAACCCUUUUAAAAGCCCUCCUUCAUCUGAAUCUAGGGCACCUAUUAACUUCCGAAUAACUGCUUCGAUUUCAUAUAGAAGAUGAAGAAUCUGAAACUCUCAUGGGAGCUCUCAUCUAACCUCCAAUUACAGUCACCAAACGAAGUCAUUCGUUGCACCGCUUUCGACAUCGAACAGAAUCGCUUCUUCUUCGCUUCUUCCGAUAACCUCAUCUACACUCUUCCUAUUUCUUCAUCUCAAAAUGAAGAAUCGCAUGGAUUAAGUUCUGUGAUUGAGACUGUUGGUUUAGAUGCUGGUGAUUUUAUUACUUCUAUGGAGUAUGUAAUGGAGAAAGAAUCACUUAUUAUUGGAACUUCAAGUGGCGAUCUGUUACUUUAUAAUGUGGAUGAUAGUGCAAUGGAGGUUGUUGGCAGAGUGGAAGGUGGCGUCAAGUCUAUUUCACCGAGCCCGGAUGGAGAUUUGCUUUGUAUUAUAACCGGUAUAGGCCAAAUGUUGGUGAUGACUCAUGAUUGGGACUUGUUGUAUGAGACGCCACUUGAAGAGCACAUUGAAGAUACUGACACACGUGAUCAAGGCCUGCACUUGGAAUGUACACCUGGAAGUCCCGCUACCUGGCGAGGUGACGGGAAAUUCUUUGCUACAAUAACCUCGACGCCAAAUUCUUCGCAUAAAAAGCUUAAAGUCUGGGAACGAGACACGGGUAACACACAUUCAGUUUCCGAACCCAAGGCUUCUAUGGGAGAAAUCGCUGAAUGGAUGCCAUCUGGCGCAAAAAUCGCCACUGUUUGCGAUAACAAAAUAGUUUUUUUCGAGAAAAACGGGUUAGAACGGAACUCGUUUACUGCGAUUGACGGAAUUGAUGCAACUAUCGUGAAUCUAAAAUGGAACUGUAAUUCAGAUUUGCUUGCAGCCGUUGUUAGAACAAAAACUUACAACUCGAUUAAGAUAUGGUUUUUCAGCAAUAACUACUGGUAUUUAAAACAAGAAAUCAGGUACUCAAAACACGAUGGAGUGAGAUUCAUGUGGGAUCCAGUAAAGCCUCUAAGUUUAAUAAGUUGGACACUUGAAGGCAUAAUCAAAGUUUAUAACUUCAUCUGGAUUUCAGCAGUUACCGAUAAUUCAGUUGCAUUAGUUGUUGAUGGUUCAAAGAUUUUAGUAACCCCACUUUCUUUAUCCCUAAUCCCGCCUCCAAUGUAUCUUUUCCAGCUUCGGUUUCCGUGUUCCAUUAGAGAAACGGCUUUUUGGUCCAAGAAUUCUAAGAACAGCUUGGCGGUAUCUUUGACAGAUGGCAGUUUGUCUGUUGUGGAGCUUCCUGAACUUGACACGUGGCAAGAUCUGGAAGGUGAAGUAAUUCAUGUUGAGUUGUGUAUCACUGAAGAUCUUUCGUCUUUCGUUCAUCUCACGUGGCUCGACUCGCGCGUGCUUCUUGGUGUUAUUUUAGAUCCCACACAUACCAAUAGUGAGUCUCCAAAGUACUAUAUUCAGGAACUUGAACUUGGAUGCUCUGAGGAUCAUAUUCCAGGCUCAGUAACAGGCUCUGGAUUUGAUGCAAAUGUCGUUAACAAGCUUCCUGUUGAGAGCACGGUGAUCGGGCUCGUUUCUAAUCCGGUUAAGAAACGGUCAGCUUUUCUUCAGUUUAACGGUGGGAAUAUCUUCGAGUACGAAACAAAUUUCCCCCUUCAUGAGCGCAGCAAUUUGCGCUUUUCAUCUUCUUGCCCGUGGAUGAGUGUGGGGCCCAUUGAAGAUUCCGACGCAUUUCUAUUGUUCGGGCUCGAUAACAAUGGUAAGCUGCAUGUGAAUCAGACUAUUUUAUGCAACAAUUGUAGCAGCUUCUCGUUGUACUCGAAUAACGCUAAUCAGACAAUAACACAUCUAAUUCUUGCAACUAAGCAAGAUUUGUUAUUUGUCGUUGAGAUUCGCGACAUUGUGCUUGGUCAAACUGAGGUCAAAUACGGCAACUUUUUACCAGUUGUAAUAACCAGAAAAAACGCAGAAGAAGGAAAGAAGUUUAUACAAAUAUGGGAGAAAGGUUCCAAAAUCUUGGGAGUUGUGCAUGGAGAUGAAUCUACUGUUAUUAUACAAACAACGCGUGGAAAUUUAGAAAGCAUUUAUCCGAGAAAAUUGGUGCUAGAAUCGAUCGUUAAUGCUUUGGUUCAAGGGCGUUUUCGGGAUUCCUUACUUAUGGUAAGACGACACAGGAUUGAUUUUAAUAUCAUCGUUGAUCACAGGGGCUGGCAAGAGUUUGUUAAAUCAGCUACAGAGUUUGUAAAACAGGUGGAUAAUCUUAGCUACAUUACCGAAUUCGUUUGUUCUUUAAAGAACGAAAAUAUCAUGGAGACUUUGUAUAAAGGGUAUAUAUCUUAUACAAAUGAGGAAAACGGUACACUUGGUGGUCAAAGUAAGGUCAACUCUGUCUUACUGGCUGUGAGGAAAGCUCUUGAGGAGCAAAUAGUGGAAGGUCCAGCUAGAGAGCUUUGUAUUUUAACCACUUUGGCCCGAAGUGACCCGCCGUAUCUUGAAGAAGCUUUGGAGCGCGUUAAAGUUACCCGUGAGAUGGAGUUAUUGGACUGUGAUGGCCUGGAGAGAAAGCGGGUCCCGUCCUCUGAGGAAUCUUUAAAACAUUUGUUGUGGCUUUCGGAAAGUGAGGCUGUUUUUGAAGCUGCUUUGGGCCUUUAUGACUUGAAUCUUGCGGCUAUAGUUGCGUUGAACUCACAACAGGACCCGAAGGAGUUCUUACCGUUCCUUCAGGAGCUUGAAAUCUUGCCAGUUCAUAUAAUGAGGUAUAAAAUUGACCUCAAGCUAAGGAGAUUCGAAAAAGCACUCCAACACAUCGUUGCUGCAGGCGACACUUAUUUCGAAGACUGUAUCAAUCUCGUUAAAAACAACCCACAACUUUUCUCUCGCGCACUUCAACUGAUAACCGACCCCACUAAAAAGAAACAAGUUCUUGAAGCAUGGGGAGACCAGUUAACCAAUACCAAAUGCCUUGAAGAUGCCGCUACAAUAUAUUUAUGCUGCAACAAUCUAGAAAAAGCGUUAAAAUCUUAUCGAUCUUCUAACAACUGGGGCGGUGUACUUACCGUUGCUGGUCUCAUGAAAUUACCGAAAGAAGAGAUUACACAAAUGGCGUAUGAGCUUUGUGAAGAGCUUCAAACGAUCGGGAAACCAAGUGAAGCUGCCAAAAUCGCUUUUGAUUAUUGUAAUGAUGUUAAAAACGGGAUUAGUCUUUUGAUUAGCGCACGGGAAUGGGAAGAAGCGUUGAGAAUCGGUUUAAUGCAUGGGGUUGAGGAGUUGAUUUCCGAUGUGAAAGUUGGUGCGGUUGAGUGUGGGACCGGUUUGAUAGCGGAAUACGAAGAGGGGUUGGAGAAAAUUGGAAAGUAUUUAGCGCGGUAUUUGGCGGUUCGGCAGCGGCGGUUAUUGCUUGCGGCUAAGCUUCGGGCCGAUGAGAGAUCGAUAAAUGAUCUCGAUGAUGAUGCGGUUUCGGAAGCUAGCAGUAGUUUUAGUGGAAUGAGUGCUUACACCACUGGAUCAAGAAAAGGUUCAGCAGCUUCCAUGAGUUCAAGUGCCACUAGCAAACGAGGAAUAAGGCGGCAAAAGAAAAAAGGGAAAAUUCGUGCUGGCAGCCCGGAUGAGGAAAUGGCACUAGUAGAUCAUAUGAAGGGGAUGAGCUUAACAGCUGGAGCAAAACGUGAGCUUAAAUCUUUGUUGGGUUGUCUUGUGAUGAUCGGGAAGGAAGAUAUGGCGCAAAAAUUGCAACGAGUUGGAGAAAGUUUUCAGUUAUCUCAAAUAUCGGCAGUGAAGUUAGCAGAAGAUGCAGUGGCAAGCGAUGUUGUAGACGAACAUACAUUCGUUUUGGAGGUUUACAUGAAGAAAUUAAGGAAAGAGUUGUUGCAGUCUGAGGAGUUCUUUUGGCAGUCCAAGGUUUUUGUUGCUCCUUAGAAGACGAACAUGUAUCUGCUACAUUUGUUUCUGUCAGGAUACAACAAAACUAGGUGGUGGCAAGAAUGACUUAGUUUAGGUGUCGAUUUCGACCCGUUUACUGGUUUGAUUUUUUGGUAUCUUAUGCCUAGAUGGGUUGGUAAGUUAGUUUUUAUUGGCAUUUUUGCGAUAUUUGAUGAGUUAUGCUUUAUAAGAUUUAUAUGUUGUGUUUUGUGGAUUGUUUUGUUUAAAUAAAUGUGACAAACUCAUGAAAUCAUCAGUAUUAGAAUAUGAAAUUUAAGUUCUUGUUUUA